AUGGCCGAUGUGGCUGGACAUAAGAUCGAGACUCCCGUCGUCGAGGAGGCUCCAGCUGAGAAUGCAACCGCCGCCAAGGAGAACGGAGCACCGGCCGCCGACAGCGGGGCACUCUCCGGUGCCGUCGAUGGUGAAAAGGCGACCGUCGAGGCCGCUGACAAGGAGGAGUCCGCCGCCGAUGGCCAGGAGGCCGAGAAGAGCAGCGAUGCAGCUCCAGCUGCUGUUGAGGAAGGCACCGAGGAGGCCUCCGUCGGUGACUCAACCGAUGCCCCCGCCGCAGAGUGGAUCCAUUGA